AUGGAUCAAAAUUUGAUAACAACGGAUUGGAAUUAUCCAACUCUGGACAGGACUUUAUCCUUGUAUGUCUGGUAUCUUACUACAAAUUAUGAUCAAUCGUCGUUAUCAUUGCGGAUACUUCUUGUAGUUUACAUUAUUCAAUAUUUUUAUUAUCCUUUCCUGGCUAUCAUUGGUGUUCCUGUUAACGUAGUGACGAUCUACGUCCUGCUUUAUAAAGAUUGUGGAUUGUCUCCAUGUGUCAGACGUUACCUGGGGGCCAUGGCAGUGGCAGAUCUACUGGUCAUUAUUUUCGACCUGAUAUUGAGACAAAUUCCCAUUGUUUAUGACGAACAGUUUGAUUUCCUGUUCUCCAUCCCCGUGUGUAAUAUCCACGCCGUCCUGCUUUAUGCAGCCACUGACUGUUCUGUCUGGUUCACCGUCACUUUCACCUUUGAUCGAUUUGUUGCCAUUUGUUGCCAAAAGCUGAAAAGUAAAUAUUGUAGCGAGAAAACGGCGGCUGUGGUUCUGGGAACAGUGACUGUGCUGAGUUGUUUAAAGAACAUUUUCUGGUAUUUUAUGCUCACAGCUCGCUAUCAGCUGCUGUACCUCCCCUGGUUUUGUUAUGUAACAGUCGAUGUUUAUUCCUCUCAUGUCUGGGCCACAAUCGAGUUCCUCCACCACAUUCUAAACCCAGCUCUCCCAUUUCUCCUGAUUCUGCUUCUCAAUGUUUUCACCGUCAGACACAUUUUAGUGACCAGCAGAGCCCGCAGGAGACUCCGAGCUCACAUCAAUGGGGACGGUCAGUGUGACACAGAAAUGCAAAAUCGAAAAAAGUCCAUCAUUUUACUGUUUGUGAUCUCGGCCAAUUUCAUCCUGUUGUGGUCGACAUUAAUGCUAUUUUCUAUUUGGUACCGGAUGUGGAAUAUUGGAUAUCAGGCUGUGCAUCUAGACAACUUCGUGCAGGAUUUGGGAUUCAUGCUGCAGCUCCUCAGUUGCUGCACAAACACUGCGAUUUAUGCCGUGACCCAGACGAAGUUCAGACAGCAGCUGAAGAAUGUGCUGAAACAUCCCUUUAACCAAAUUCACCAAUCAAUCAAAUUCACUCAUUAA